GAUACAGGGCUCAGUGCUAGGGUUUCUUGGCUCAGAGGGUUUCCUGCCCCACCUCAGCUGCCCCCUCAUUAGACCACCCUUUUUACUAUCUCCUUCAACCUCUCUGUCCUGAGACCUUCACUCUGCAGGAGGCUGCUAUCAGUCUCUGAUUCAGGGACAGCUGCUUCUCACUCCCCCCCAGACAGCUUCUGAGUGUUUUCUCAGCAUGAACUGCAUCUCAGACUUCUUCACCUAUGAGACUACCAAGUCAGUGGUGGUGAAAAGCUGGACCAUUGGAAUCAUCAAUCGGGCAGUGCAGCUUCUCAUCAUCUCUUACUUUGUGGGGUGGGUAUUCUUACAUGAAAAGGCAUACCAGGUGCGGGAUACAGCCAUCGAGUCUUCAGUGGUGACUAAAGUGAAGGGCUUUGGACGCUAUGCCAACCGAGUCAUGGAUGUAUCUGACUAUGUGACCCCACCCCAGGGGACCUCUGUCUUUGUCAUCAUCACCAAAUUGAUCAUCACUGAAAACCAGAGGCAAGGAUUCUGCCCAGAGAAUGAAGAGAAGCACGCCUGUACCACAGACAGGGACUGCCGGGCCGAGAGCUUCACUGGUGGAGGCAUUCUCACUGGCCGCUGUGUGAACUAUAGCUCGAAGCUGAGAACCUGUGAGAUCCAAGGCUGGUGCCCUGUGGAGGUUGACACAGUGAAGAUGCCUGUCAUGAUGGAAGCUGAGAACUUCACCAUUUUCAUCAAGAACAGCAUCCGCUUCCCUCUCUUUGACUUUGAGAAGGGAAACUUGUUACCCAACCUCACCUCUGCAGACAUAAAGAAAUGCCAUUUCCACCCCGAAACUGCCCCCUUCUGCCCCAUCCUUCGGGUGGGCGACGUGGUCAAGUUUGCAGGACAAGAUUUUACCAAGCUCGCCAACACAGGAGGAGUCCUGGGCAUUAAGAUUGGCUGGGUCUGUGACUUGGAUAGAUCUUCAGAUCAGUGUAUCCCCAAAUACUCCUUCACCCGACUAGAUGGCAUUUCUGAGAAGAGCAAUGUCUCUCCUGGCUACAACUUCAGGUUUGCCAAGUACUUUAAGAUGGAGAAUGGCAGUGAGUAUCGGACACUUCUGAAGGCAUUUGGCAUCCGUUUUGAUGUACUGGUAUAUGGAAAUGCUGGCAAGUUUAACAUCAUACCCACCAUCAUCAGCUCUGUGGCAGCCUUUACCUCAGUGGGAGUGGGCACAGUCCUCUGUGACAUCAUCCUCCUUAACUUCCUAAAGGGUGCAGACCAGUACAAAGCCAAGAAGUUUGAAGAGGUGAAUGAGACAACCCUGCGAUCUGCCACUUCUACCAACCCCAUGUACCCCAGUGACCAGACCCUGGAGGGCAGAGAGGAGAAGCAAUCCACAGACUCCGGAGCCUUCUCCAUUGGUCACUAGGCCUCCUCGCUCCAGUUUAUCAUUACGUUUAUGCUAUAGGAAUCUAUACCUCAUGACAGUGGACCUUCCACUGGGGAGG